CCAAGUGAGUGUAGAACACAUAUAUAAGAAGAAGCCAAUUGAAGGGUAUCCAGAAAAUACUACUGCUAUAUUUCGUUGAAUUGUAAAACUUGGACCCAACUAACCAAGUUGGUUGAUAAGUCCUACUUUACUUAACUAUUUCCUUCAUUACAAGUCAUAAGAAACUUCCUAAGUCAACUACUAUCCCAAAGUCUAAGUCAACUACUCUCAAGUCUAUACAAUGUAUAGCCUUUUCCUGUGUCUCAACAAAGAAACACUGACACACCAAUCAUUAUAGAAUCAUGGUUGAUAUGCUAAGUUCAUUUAUCUCUGCUAUCUUGCAAGUACUAUUGGAUAGGAUAGCUAAUCCUGAUCUCGUAGAUUUCUUUCGAGGAAACCAUCUUGAUGAGGCACUUCUAGAGAAGUUGAAGAUGCUUUUACUAUCUGUCAUUACAGUUCUUAAUGAUGCUGAGGAGAAACAGUUUGUUGAUCCAUUGGUGAAGGAGUGGGUUGAUAGGCUUAAGAAUGUUGCUUAUGAUGCUGAUGAUGUCUUGGAUGAGAUUGCCACCAAAGCCAUACAAGACAAGAUGGAUCCUAGGUUUCAGACAACCUUAAAUCAGGUAAAAGAUUAUGCUUCUUCUCUUAAUCCUUUUUCCGAAAGAGUUCAAUCAAAAAUUGGUAGGAUAGUUGAGAGGUUGAAGUCUAUAUUAGAGCAUAAAAAUAUUCUUGGUCUUAAGGAAGGAGGUGUAGGUAAAUCACUAUCGUUCGGUUCAGCUACGACUUCUUUGGUCAAUGAACAUCGUGUGUAUGGUAGAGAUGGUGAUAGGGAGAAGAUUAUUGACUUUUUGUUAGCAGGAGAUUCCAGUGGAGAGGGGGUGCCGGUUGUUGCGAUUGUUGGGAUGGGAGGGAUAGGUAAGACUACUCUUGCUCAAAUUUUGUACAAUGACGAACGGGUGAGAAACCAUUUUCAAUCUAGAUCAUGGGCAUUUGUUUCAGACACUUCAAAUGUGUAUGAAAUGACCAAAAAAGUUUUCGAGUCUUUUACUUUGUCGCAUUCUAAUAUCUCAGACUUGAAUAUACUCCAAAUCAAACUUAAGGUUAGAUUGGCGAGAAAACGGUUUCUACUUGUUUUAGAUGGUUUUCAAAAUGAGAACUUUCUAGACUGGGACAUCCUGCAAAGACCCUUUUUAUCGGGAAACUAUGGGAGUAGAAUCAUUGUCACCACACGUAGUCAAAGUGUUGCUACGUUGAUUCGUGCUGAUUUAACUCAUUCUCUCUCGCUUUUAUCUCAUGAUGAUACUUGGAAGUUAUUCGCAAGUCAUGCAUUCAAAUCAGGGAACCCGAAUGAUGAGCUUCCUAUCUUGGCUCAAAUUGGCCAAAAAAUAGUGAAAAAGUGCAACGGUCUCCCUCUAGCCGCAAAAGCACUAGGGAGUCUCUUACGUACUAAAGUAGAUGAAGAGAAAUGGAAAUGUGUAUGUUAUAGUAGGAUAUGGGAGUUACCAAGUGAUAAGUGUAGCAUUCUUCCUGCUUUAAGAUUGAGUUAUAGUCAUCUACCUUCUCAUUUAAAGCGAUGUUUUAGUUAUUGUUCCAUAUUUCCGAAAGGUUUUGAAAUACAAAAACAGAACUUGAUCUAUUUAUGGAUGGCGGAAGGUAUCCUACCACCACAAAAAACAAAGAAGAGAAUGGAAGAUGUAGGAGAAGAAUGCUUUCAAGAGUUACUAUCUAGGUCAUUCUUUUAUCGGUCAACAUACCACAUAUCACAUUAUAUGAUGCAUGACCUUAUCCAUGAUGUAGCACAGUUUGUUGCAGGCGAAUUCUAUUACAACUUAGAUGAUAAUAAUCCUAGAAAAGUGACGAUUAUUGUUCGCCAUUUAUCUUAUUUACAAGGCAUAUAUGAUGAUCCUGAAAAGUUCGAGAUCUUCUCUGAAUUUAAGCAGCUUAGGACCUUCAUACCAUUCAAAUUCUCAUAUUUUGUUUACUCUUCUUCAAUUACUAGCAUGGUUUCUAUUUUGUUACCAAAAUUGAAACGCUUGCGUGUGCUCUCUUUAUCUCAUUAUCCAAUUACAAAGUUGCCAGAUUCAAUUGGAAACUUGUUGCAUUUGCGAUAUUUAGAUCUUUCUUACACUGGAAUUGAGUGUUUGCCUGAUUCUAUUAGCACUUUGUAUAAUUUGGAGACAUUGUUGUUGUCAAGUUGUCGUAGCCUCAUUAUGUUACCAGAAAACAUGUCCAACCUUGUCAACUUGCGCCAACUUGAUAUUAGUGGAUGCACCGUGACACAAAUGCCUGCAAAUUUUGGUAAAUUGAAGUCUCUUCAAGUGUUGACAAGUUUUGUAAUAGGCAACAAAAGGGGAUCGAAAAUCAGUGAGUUAGGGGAGCUUUCAAACCUCCAUGGAGCACUUUUGAUCGGGGGCCUGCAGAAUGUUAUCGAUCCAACAGAAGCUUCCGAUGCCAGGUUAAAGAGAAAGAAAUAUCUCCGUGAAGUAGAAUUCAAGUGGACAACUAUAACUCAUGACCAAGAGAGUGAAACUAAUGUCCUCGACAUGCUAGAGCCACAUAAGAAUGUGGAAAGUCUUAAAAUUCAAAAUUUUGGCGGAAAUAAAUUGCCAAAUUGGUUAGGGAGCUCUUCAUUCUCUAAUAUGGUGUUUCUACAUCUUGCUAAUUGUGAAAAUUGCAAGUCAUUGCCGUCGCUUGGACAAUUGUCUUCCCUCACAGAACUUUGUAUAUCAAAUAUGAAAAGCCUGCAAAAAGUUGGUCAAGAAUUCUAUGGAAAUGGAAUUGAGUCGUUCAAAUUAUUGAAAAUUUUGAAGUUUGAAGACAUGCCCAAUUGGGAAGAAUGGUCACCCAACAGAUUUGAAGAAAAUGGACAAUUCCCUUCGCUGCGCGAACUUUACAUAGAGAGAUGUCCUAAAUUGACUACAAAGUUACCUGAUCACCUUCCUUCCUUGGAUAAAUUGGUGAUAACUGCAUGUCAAGCUCUCACAAAUCCAAUGCCAUGCGUUCCACGAUUGAGAGAAUUAAUGUUAACUGGUUGCGAUGCAUUAUCGUCAUUAUCCGAGAAAAUGAUGCAGGGAAAUAAAUGUCUUCAAUUCAUGGUCAUAAGUAAUUGCUCAUCUCUCGUCAACAUCUCCAUGGAUAGUCUACCAAGUACGCUAAGAUCUCUUGAAAUCUACGAAUGCAGAAAUUUACAACUAUUUCACUCUGAAAGUUCGAUGCAACAAUCUCAAUGUUAUUCCGCCCUUGAAAAAUUACACUUAAAAUGUAGUUGUGAUUCUCUCAUCUCAUUUCCGUUAUUACUCUUCAACAAGCUCGAAGAUCUACAUAUACAAGAUUGUAGCAACCUCGAGUUUAUUUCAUCUGCUCCAAAUAGUCUCCCAUGUUUUCGAAAGUUAAAACUAAAGCAAUGCUCGAAACUGGCUCAAUUUCCUGAAGGAGGAUUCCAUGCUCCCAAACUAGAAUCACUUUCUAUCAGCAAAUGUGUCGAUUUCUCAUCUGAGAUUUCAUGGGGUCUUCAAACAAUGACAUCACUAACUUCUCUUUGUAUCAGCGGUCUUCCUAGUCUUACUUCAUUGGAGCAUACAGGAGUUCAAUACCUAACAUCUCUCAAAAGUUUGAAGAUUAAAGAUUGUGCUAAUCUUGGAUCUCUUCCUUUAGACAAACUAGUUAUCUCUCUUUCUCAUCUUACUAUUAGAGCAUGUCCAUUGUUAAAAGUGCUAUGUGAAAAGGAUAUUGGACAAUAUUGGAGUAUGGUUUCUCUCAUACCUUUCAGAAUCAUUGAAGACUAGAUCACAUGCAUUUGUUGGAUAUGUCAAAUAUCUGCUCCAUAUUUCAGUGUACAUUCAACAUAUAUUUGUAUUGUAAUAACAUUAAAGUUUAGUAAUUUAAUGAAAGCAAACUAUAUACUGUA